CAGACGGUCACAGAGACCGAGAAAGAGCGAGUGACUCUCUCAGCCGCUCCUUUCUUCUGACAUUUUAGACGUCUGUGGAUGUAGAUGCUGUUCAGCGUGUGAGUGAGAGAGAGUGUGUGUGACAUGUCUGAGGAGGAAUACCAGUGACAGAAAAUGGAUUUGUCAAACCGGACCGGCCUGGAUAUCUCCACCAGAAACCCUCAGGAUGACUUUGAGAUCCUGCUGAGAGUUGGAGGAGGGACAUACGGGGAAGUUUACAAGGCACGUAACAAGCAGAAUGGAGAGCUGGCAGCAAUCAAAGUCAUCAAGAUGGAGCCAGAGGAUGAUUUUUCCAUCAUCCAGCAGGAAAUCGUCAUUGUAAAGAGCUGCAAACAUCACAACAUAGUUGCAUAUUAUGGCAGCUACAUCCGAGCUAACAAGCUGUGGAUAUGUAUGGAGUUCUGUGGAGGAGGCUCCCUGCAAGACAUUUACCAUGUGACUGGUCCUCUAUCAGAGCCACAGAUCGCCUACAUCUGCAGGGAGAUGCUACAGGGCCUGGACUACCUGCAUGGACAGAAGAAAAUCCACAGAGACAUCAAGGGUGCCAACAUCCUCCUCAAUGAUCAGGGCGAGGUCAAGCUGGCUGACUUUGGGAUCUCAGCUCAGAUCACGGCCACUCUGGCACGGCGGAUGUCCUUCAUUGGGACGCCAUACUGGAUGGCACCAGAGGUGGCAGCGGUGGAGAUCAAGGGCGGCUACAAUGAACUCUGUGACAUCUGGUCAGUGGGAAUCACAGCCAUCGAGCUGGCAGAGCUACAGCCGCCGAUGUUUGAUGUCCACCCAUUACGGGUCCUGUUUCUCAUGUCCAAGAGCGGCUACCAGCCUCCUAAACUGAAGGACAAAUCUAAGUGGUCAUCCAUGUUUUAUAACUUUGUGAAGGCCAUGUUGGUUAGGAACCCAAAGAAGAGACCCAGCGCCUCCAAGAUGCUCUCUCACAUGUUUCUGACGCAGCAGUGUCUGAACCAGGAACUGACCCAAGACCUGCUGGAGAAAUAUCGCAAUCCUGAGAAACUCAAGACCAACCUGAUGACAGAAGACGAGGACAUGGAGGUGGCGUUGCCUGGAUCUUUAAAGAGGAUCCAGUCAAUCAACAAACACAAUCAGGCAGAGAGGACAAACUCAGACAUAAGCAUGGAACAGAUCUACACUCGGAGGCCUAUGAGGAAUGUUCCACCAGACACAACGUUAAGGCCUUCUCUGGACUCAACAGACAGCAGCAAGAGUCCACAGAGGGAUCAGGACACAGACACAGAUGAUGACUACGAUGAUGUGGAUAUUCCAACAUUAACAGGCUCCAGUCUUAUCAUGCCACCUGACGAAACGCCACCUCCGCUUCCUCCAAAGCCAAAAGUGCGGACCAGUUCGGAGGAAAGCGUGACCGGGGAUGACGACCGGGUGAGGAAACCCUGCUCUCUGUAUGCCCCCUCAUCUCCACUCCUUAGGACAUCCAGUGGGACUCACGUCAGACCUACGCCCAGACCACGAUCCACCCGACACUCAGACCCAGCUUCGUUACCUGUACAGCUUAAAGACACCCCGGCCAGCCUCGUUCCUCCAGAGCUCCCUCCUAAAGGCAUACGCAAACGACAAGUCAUGUCAAAGGACCUCUCUGAGUGUCUCAGUCCCAUCAUGAAGAAACCUCCCGUCUUCUUUAAAAAGAUCUUCCACGGCUGCCCUCUUAAAAUAAACUCCUCUACGACCUGGGAAAACCCGGCUAACAAAGAUCAGCAUCUCAUCCUGGGAGCAGAGGAAGGGAUCUACACCCUGAACCUUAGUGGCUCAGAGGCCACGAUGGAGCUGCUGUACCCUGGGAAGUGUACCUGGAUCUACACCAUCAGUAAUGUCCUCAUGUCUGUGUCAGGUAAAUCAUCACAGCUUCACUCCCAUUCGCUCAAAGAGUUGUAUGAACAGGCUCGGAAAGACCAGAGGAUGGUUGCCUUGCCGACUCACAGACUGUUACCAAGGAAAUUUGCAGUGACGUCAAAAAUACCAGAUACAAAGGGCUGCAAGACAUGCUCAGUUGCAGAUAACACGGUGCGAGGCUGCGUGUUCCUGGCCUGUGCUCUGGAGUCCAGUGUGGUGCUGCUGCAGUGGUACGAGCCCAUGCACAAAUUCAUGCUCAUCAAGCACUUUGACUUCCCCCUGCCAAGCCCUCUGCGUGUGUUUGAGAUGGUGGUGGUGCCGCAGCAGGAGUACCCGCUGGUGUGUAUCGGGGUCUCUCGAGGGUCCAGUCCCAACCAGCCGGUUGCCAUAGAGUACAUCAACCUGAACUCUAACACUUCCUGGUUCACAAACUCUGGCUUAGAGAGACCCUGUCCAGAUGUGGUUCAAGUAAACCAGUUGGACAGUAGUUCCCUGCUCGUUCUAUUGGAAAAGUCAGUUCAUAUAGUCGGACUGGAGGGGGAGCUAAAGAGCAACAGGCCUCUGCAACAGGAGACCUUCCCUCAUGAUGUCGAGUCGAUAGUGUAUUUUGAGGACACGCUGCUGGUAGUGUGGCGUCACGGCUGGCAGAGGAGAGGACACAGUUUCACUGAAGUUCUGGAGGAAACCACUGAGCUGAGGAAGAUCUACAGACUGAUUCAUUCAGACAGGAUGGUCGUCUUGGAGACACGUCAGACGGAGGACCAGACAGGACUGUCCAACCUUUAUGUUCUGGAAAUAGCUGAAAACUACGUCAUGCUGCCCUGAUUCUUCUGUCUGCUGGCACAAAGCAUCAUGGGAAACUCCUUAUAUAGAUGCCUCCACUCAGGACUUUCAUCCUUUACCGUGAUGGAUAUGGAUGCAUCACUGCCACAGUAUUUUACUUUAAUUUAACGGCAGGAGAGUAGAAGAAAAUAAAUGACAGCAGCAUGUUGCAAGGAUUGUUGUGCUGCAGCCUUAAUCCUCCAAUCUGGUGGAGUCUGCUCUUAUUUAUGCUGAUUUCAACUUAGUAUGUGACAUCAAGAAGAAUCUCCACCACACAGACAACUGAUUAAGCCGUUAAUGAGGACAGAAGGGUGGCUCAUCUCUGAUUAAAAGGGAAGGAUCUACUUUCUUCUGCCACAUAAGUGUUGAUCACAGCAGCAGCUGUCUACAGGGACAGUAAUAUACAACACAGCUUCCCACACAUGGCACAAUCAACACAAAGGACGAGAGAUCAACGUCUCUGCUGUUUCUAAUGCAGGUUUCACCUUUAUGUCAGUGUUGAAUCAGAGAUGCACAUUUGUGACUGCUGUUAUUCUGUAAUAAAUUUAAUUAACACAC